AUGGCCGAUCUCCAGUCGAAAUACCAAGUUCUGGCCACAGAAUAUGCCAAGGCCUGUUUACAAUUUUUUAGUAAUCAAUUAGAAAAGAAGGUGAGGGCUCAAAUUUCUGUACUAAAGAAAGCAGUCCUAGAUGAACAGUCAUCCAGCCAGGGAUUAAAAGAGCAGUUGAAGGAAAGGGACCAGAUGAUAAGGAAGCACGAACAGGAGUUGGAGAGUUUAACGUUCAGGAAUCAGCAGCUGGAGUCAAGGGUUACCAUUCUGCAGACUGAACUAAUUAGUGUUGGGUCCGGGAAAAGUAAAAAGAUGAAGAUCAAAGCAUUGCAAACUGACCUAGAUAAACGAGCAACUCUAUUGGACGAUUUGAAAUUAGGCCACGAAGAUAAAAUGAAGAAAUUAAUGGAGGAAAAGAAUUCUUUAGAAAGCAAAUUGGCUGAACAAUCUGCAUUGGUUGAGAGAACAUUAGAAAAAACUGACCAAUUAGAGAAAGAGUUAAAUAAUGUUCAGACUAAGUUAACAUUGGAGAAUGAGCGUCUGGUGAAAAUUAUUAAUGAUAAUAUAUCCUUUAUUGAUAAUUCCGAUGAAACCCUCACCAUUUUCAAUCUCUCGAAAGUCCCCCACCCCUCGCCUUCUUCAUCAUCAAAGAUAGACUCCACCCACAUCCGUGACCUCAUUUUCCUAGCCAACCAAAUCAUUUCUGAAGAAAUGAUGACCUCAUUUGAGGCCAUUUUCGACGCCAUGCAGGCCAAAUCUAUUGACCCAAAGUUGAACUCUGACUUAUUUAAGGUUUAUAAAGAACAGAGUCUGCGAUUGGCUGAAAGGCCAACCUACAUCCAGCCAAUCAGGAAAGGUUUUGCAACCUUGUGUGACCUAUACAAUGAUAACAAUGAAAAUUCCACUCUGCCAUUGAGCUGCCUAUCAUCGUUAACAUCGUCAACAGCAGCUGCAGCAACUGCUGCAGCAACAUCGUCAUCGUCGUCGUCAUCAUCAAACGCUACUAUAUUGGAAUUGUCAAAUGCUAUUUUUAACUGGAUGGAGGCGACAAAUGAUUUAUCUCGAAGUUUUGGGGCAAAAUUGAAGACAGUCGAAGAGCUGCCGACUUGCCACAAGAAUAUAAAACUCCUGGACGAAAGGCUGAAUGGCAGUAUCAUCAAAUUGCACCAUUCCAUUCAGAAACUCUCUUCAUUUUUGUCCUUGAACGUCAAUCAAAUAUCGUCAUCAGUAUCAGCAUCAUCGUCCACAUCAUCAUUAUCGUCGUCGUCAUUGUUGAAUGCACUGAGAAAGAGGGCCAUUAAUUAUUUGGCUGCUGUAUCUCAGAAUGUUCCAUCUGACUCCGUUCCCCAUUCCAUUGCUAUUGAGAAUAAAAAAGCCAUCGUAGCCUACAUGGAGAGUAAAAGUGAACUGACGCAACAAUUAGGGAAUAUCAACAUUGUGGACAGAGACAGGGACGAACGACAACCGCCACAACAGCAGAAGCAGCAUCAGCAACGACAAGUCGAAUUAGAAACCGAGUGGGACCAAACGCGGGAGAAGAUAGUGAUGGAAAAUUACGAGAGGAGGAUCAGCGAACUGAUUGCUAAUCUCCAGCUGGCCGAUUCUAAAGCGCUAUAUUUCAAUUCCGAGUGUAAAGCUAUCCACAAGCAGCUGACCUCGACUAACCUGGAUAGGGAACGCCUACGAGUUGACCUAGUUUCCUCGAAUGACGUCAUGUCUCGUCUGAAAGACGAGUUGCAGACGACGACGAAGAAUUAUGAGGUGCAGCUGAGCCUGAUGAGCGAACACCUGGCCACAAUGAACGAGAAGUUGACCUCGCAGAAAGAUGAAAUCGACGCCCUCAAAUUCAACAUACAACAUCAGCAACAACAUCAGCAGCAGCAACAACAACAAAAACAACAACACCAUCACAGCCCUGUUGCCACUUUGCUAUCGUUAUCAGGAUCUGGAGGCGGUAGUAAGAAAAGCAAAUGAAGAAGACAAUAGAAAGAUGAAUUCCAUAAAUGAGAAAUUAUUUCAAAUAUGAUUAUGUGACAACAUACGUAUAUAGCAAGUUAUUCGUUCAUUGUUUAUUCAUUCCCAUACGUUAAUUAACAAAUUGUACAUUGAUAUUACUACGAUUAAGUUGUAAUUGUUACUGUUAUGAUAGUCUUAAUGUUUCAUGUAUGUAUAUAUGUUGUAUGUAUGUAUGUUCAUGUAUUUCACCUCUUUCUCUCUCUCUCUCUCUCUUUCUAUAUAUAUAUAUAUAUAUAUAUAUAUAUUAUUUGUAUAGACGUUCAUUCAGAUGAAUAAUACAAUUUUAUGGUCACCCAUCCAAGUUGCUGGCCGCCAUCAGCUAACAAGUUAAGCAAUGCUGGAAUAAAGUCUAUCGCGGCCAAUAACCUGGAAAGGGUGACCCUAAAAUUAUUCCAGAGGGCAAUAGAUAUAGAUAAAAUUGUCAUAAAAUUACGAAAAUGUGCACAUGAAAUUUGCGAUGGAGAUGAAUUUCUGGAGAAGGCGAGAACCUUGACAGCAUUCGAAGUCGGACUCCUCCAAAUGUUCAUCCUGUCAUGUCGAAACUUCUUUGAAAGUCGUUCCACUUCUGAUCAGUUUCAUAAAAUUCAAUCUUACUUUAUCCUGUUUUUACUAAGGGCAUCGCCAACAUUUUAGCUUGCUAACACGGCUGAUGGCCCUCUACCUUUCUAAACAUUUGCUCAUGUCUAAAUAUGCCAAAAGAAUGUACAAGUACAU